AGGAGUGAUCGAUCCGCUGCAACCUGUGCGCAUAGCAGGCAAUGGACCGGUAUUCAGGCGAAGGCGGUGUUUUGGCUGUACAGUGACGUUUUAAGGCAGGUCUUGGUCAAACCUACCAAUGAUACAAGUCGGUUCUAUUCUGCUGGGACUGAUCGCAAUGAACGGGUGUCGGAGCUCUACACGGCAAAGGAGCAACCACAGCGAGACGAGGCGAUCAAGGGGAUGCGGCAUCGGUACGCGGGAGCUGUCCAACAGCACCAACCCCCCGACGAAAAGCAAGCGAGCAGCAAGCAGAGCCCAGACCCAGUCGCUCCUGUUUUCAGCCUGCCGCCCCCGCCCUCUUCUCACCACCGAGACCGCACUUCGAACACCGCCGCGCACCGCCAGAGCCUCCAGGAGCUUCCCUGUCUGAGCCAGCCCUACCGGAGACCUGUUCACAGCGGCGACCCUUUACCUCUGGCGAGCUACGACACCGCCCAGCAACCUUCACACCGAGGCACUGAACCCAGCAUCGGGCAGCCGGCGCACCUGCAGCAGGAUCCCUGGGCCCCGGCCGGCUCUCAGCAGCAGCCGCCGCCGCUGCAGUCGGAGAACCAGCCUGUUUUUCCGAGCUGCCACUGCAGUUUUUCCGAGCAGGAGGCGAGCCUUUCUCAAAACCAUCACCAUCCUGCCGAUCCUCUCCCACCGCAGCCCUCCCCACCUUUUCCGCCGCCUAUACCACCGCCACCAACGUCGUCGUCCUCCUCUCUGCUAUUUUCCCAGGGAUCUAAGAGGGGGGAUCGGCUCCGAAGGAGUGCCAAUAAUUACCAACAGGCAAGCAUCGUGGAACGCUGCAGGGGAGGAGGAGGAGCAGGAGGGCACCGAGACCAAAGGCAGCUGUUGCAGCAGCAGCAGCAGCAGCAGCAUCAACAGCACAGUCAUUUAAGACUCCAACAGAGGGACCCCUCCCCUGAAGGAACCCGUGCAAACUCGCAGAAAGGGCGCUCUUUAAAUGUAUGUGAGUCAACCGAGGCUAACAGGAGAGCAUUUGAGUCUCAGACUCAGGACCUGCAGCAGCAACAUAUCCCACAAUUACGAGCGCAGCAACAGCUACUGGUGGGGAGCAGCUUGCCUACCAACUACUGCGCCAGCGGCUCAGGAGAGCUAUGUAGGACUCAGCAGGCUCCACUGCUGCAACAGCAAGAGCAGCAGCAGCAGCAGCAGCCGCGGCAGCAGCAGCAGCAGCAGCAGCAAGGCGCACUGGGGCUCUGUCCCCAGCGUCCGCAGCACUGUGAACAAGAGCGCAAUAAGUCUGGGAGGAUCACCGCGCAAGGCGACCAGGCGCAGCCACACAGCCGCGACUCCCGCGUAACCCCCCCGGCAACACAACAGGCGUACGCGGGGAACUCGUCUGCGACUGGCAGCAACAGCAGCAAAGACAGCCCCAACUACGGCUCGAGCUAUCACCUGUGGCCAGAGAGCCCGCAUAAAGGAGAGGAGAGGAUACGCAUCGACCUCCAUAAGGCCACUACUGAGCAGAAGAAGCUGAGCCAUGCUGGAUCCAAGCCCUCCCUCUCCGAGAGCAGUGGCCGACUCCCUCAGAUAGCCAUGAACACCUGCAAGUACAAUGGCGGAGUGGUGAGACCACUAGUGGGCAGCCUGGCGUCCUCGUCGCGCCGCAACCUCGCAGAGCUCGACUCGGAGACGCAGCCCUUGCAGACGCUGCACAGCUCUGGCCUGGAGGUGGUGGUGUCGAAGGGCAACGGCGGCGAAGACCCCAGCAAGGCGUCCAAUGAGAGCUUGGUCAGGGAGGGCAGCGGGCAUAGCGGAGGCAGGGCGCCGCAGAAGAAGAACAGGGACAUUGGCUACAGGCUCGGCCACCGGCGGGCGCUGUUUGAGAAGCGGAAGCGGCUCAGCGACUACGCACUCAUCUUCGGGAUGUUUGGGAUUGUUGUCAUGGUGACAGAGACGGAACUGUCAUGGGGGGUUUACACUAAGGAAUCUUCAUACUCAUUUGCACUGAAAUGCCUUAUCAGCCUUUCCACUGUUAUAUUGCUUGGUCUUAUAAUAAUGUACCAUGCCAGGGAAAUCCAGCUGUUUAUGGUCGACAAUGGUGCGGACGAUUGGAGGAUAGCCAUGACGUACGAGCGGAUCUUCUUUAUCGUGCUGGAGCUGCUGGUGUGUGCCAUCCAUCCCAUCCCGGGCCAGUACGUCUUCACCUGGACGGCGCGGCUGGCCUUCACCUACACGCCGUCGGUGGCCGAUGCUGACGUGGACAUUAUCCUCUCCAUCCCCAUGUUCCUGAGACUCUACCUGAUAGGCCGAGUCAUGUUACUCCACAGCAAGCUGUUCACGGACGCUUCGUCUCGCAGCAUCGGCGCCCUCAACAAGAUCAACUUCAACACCCGCUUUGUCAUGAAGACCCUCAUGACCAUCUGUCCAGGAACUGUUCUGCUGGUGUUCAGUAUAUCCUCCUGGAUCAUUGCUGCAUGGACUGUGCGCGUCUGUGAGAGGUAUCAUGACAAACAGGAAGUGACCAGUAACUUCCUUGGAGCCAUGUGGCUCAUUUCGAUUACCUUCCUCUCCAUUGGCUACGGGGACAUGGUACCACACACGUACUGUGGGAAAGGCGUGUGUCUGCUUACAGGGAUUAUGGGAGCUGGUUGCACUGCACUGGUGGUUGCAGUGGUAGCCAGGAAGCUGGAGCUGACCAAGGCUGAGAAACAUGUCCACAAUUUUAUGAUGGACACACAACUCUGCAAACGAGUAAAGAACACAGCUGCCAAUGUACUCAGGGAAACAUGGCUCAUCUACAAACACACUAAGUUGGUCAAGAAGAUAGAUCACGCCAAGGUGCGGAAACACCAGCGCAAGUUUCUCCAAGCCAUUCACCAUGUAAAGAUGGAGCAGAGGAAACUUAAUGAUCAGGCUAACACCUUGGUGGACCUGGCCAAGACCCAGAAUGUGAUGUAUGACCUGGUGUCAGAGCUGCAGGAGCGCAGUGAGGAGUUGGACAAGCGCAUCGGCACAUUGGAGGACAAGCUGGACUUGGUGACGGGCAGCCUGCAGGCGCUGCCCUGCCUCAUCUCCCAAGCCAUAACCCAGCAGCAGCAGGACUUCCUGGACGGCUUUGUUCACCGCUUUCGGCCCGCCUCACUAGCCUCCGAGCGCUCUGAACGCUCCGAGCGAUCCUGGACUUCCACCGCCCGUAGGCGGCGCUCUCCCUCCACAGCACCACACACCUCCUCCGAUAGCGGAUAGCGUUGACACACCCUCUGCAAUCACCUUCGAGCGCCACCAUUCCCCAAACCAACUCGUCACCUCGUUCUGUCCUAUCCAAAGCCGCCCCCCCCCCCCCCCGUAUCCGCUGGCGAGUCCACGUCUGGACUAAUAAUGAACCCAUAUCCUGACCCCCUGACCUGAUCCUUGCCCUUCUUCUCUCCCUCCCUGCCACCCAUCCCCUCUCCCGUUGCUCCCCACCCAACAUCAAAUCCAAAAACCAAUUCCUCUGUGACUGAGCCUCUCAGCACAGGACUGGAUCAGAGCUACUCCAAAAGAACAAAGCAAAAGCAAACAGACUCAAAUCAAGA